AUGUCAAUUAAAACUUUAGGUAUUCAUUCAAAUUUCUUUAAAAAUGUAUUUACAAGAUCAUCAAAUAUAGCCACAGCUACAUCACAAACUAUAUUAGAUUUUAAACAUGAUCCAGAACAAUCAUUAUCUCAAAUUAUGACAAGAUCAGAUAAAGAAUUGGGUGGUUAUUCAACAGUUAAUUUUAAAUAUGAUUCUCCCGAACAAUGUGGUCAUUUUUAUGGUUCUUUAAAUUUAGAUUUACCAAAAGAUAAUCCAAGUGUAACAAGAUCAGGUUAUGCAAUGUUUAGAACAAAAGAUCAAUUACAAAAUUGGUUAAGUGGUGAUUCAUAUUGGGAUUGGUCAAAUUUUCAAAGUUUAGUAUUGAGAGUCAAAGGAGAUCGAAGAAAAUAUUUAAUUAAUAUUCAAUCAAAUACUCCAUUAGUAACUGAUUUAUUUCAACAUAGAUUAUUUUUAAAUCAUCCUGGUCAAUGGGAAACUAUAGUUGUUCCAUUAAAUGAUUUUGUGAUGACAAAUUGGGGAAUUAUACAAGAUGGAAGUGAAUUAAAUAAACUGGAAGUUAAAACUAUAGGAAUUGGUUUAUUAGAUAAACAAUAUGGUCCUUUUAGUUUAAAAAUUGAUUGGAUUAAAGUGAUGACUGGAAGUGAAAUUGCAAAAGAAAUGAAUCAACAAAAUUUAAGAAAUCAUUCAAGAAAUAAAGUUAAUAAAUCUUCUGGUGGUGCAAUGUUUGGCCAAACAAAACAUGAAAAAGAGUUAUUUUAA